ACUAAAGCUUGAAGGAUUGACAGCUCUUUCGCUUCAGGAAAAGGAUUCGUCAACCCAGGUCCCCAUCAUCAUCAUGCAGGCAGCCGCCGCGGCGCCCGCCCCUCCGCCUCCGCCGCCGCCGCCGCGCCGCCGCGUGUACACGGCCCUGGACCCGCGGUGCGAGUGGAAAAGCACGGAGGAAGCCGACACGCUCGUCGUCGACGUGUCAGGGUUCAGGAAGGAGGAGCUGAAGGUCCUGUACAACACACGCCGGAAACUCAAGGUCGCCGGCGAGCGCCAGGUCGACGGCGGCCAAUGGGCACGCUUCCUCAAGGUGUUCCCGGUGCCGAAGAGCUGCGACGCCAGCGCCAUCGAGGCGAAGAUGAACAUAGAGAGCGCCCGGCUCUUCGUCAUCCUGCCCAAGGGAUCACCGCUGCCGCCGCCGCCGCCGUCGUCGUCCAAGGACAAGCACAAAGAAGAUAAGCCUGGGAGAUCCCAGUCUCUUGGAGAGCUGAUGAGGCCGGGCAAUGCGGAUGGCUCCUCAGGUAGCAGCAGUGCAAGCAUGUGGAGCGCCCAAGAGGAUCCAGGGAAGGGCAAGGUUGAAGACAAGGAACGUAAAGGUCAGGCUGUGGAGGAACCGAGGCAAGAUCAGCAGAUGGCCAUACAAGAUUUGCCAAGAAGCGACGGCGGCGCAAAUGAAAAUGCUGCCAAGAACGAUGAGGGUGAUGGCAAAGGUGAGGACAAGAGAUGGUGGAAGAAGAUCAGAGUCCUCCAUGUUCUUGGCUUCGUUCUCGUCCUCGCAUUGGUGGGUGUUGGUGCCACCCUCCUGUAUAUAGUGCUGCUGUGAAGAGUGUGUAACAGUUGUGUGUUCAAAUGUUAUCAUGUGCAAACGCAAUGGCAUGGCAAUCCUCUUAUAAAGUUAGACUGAAAGAUGCCAAUGCAGUUGAUGAUGCGAUUUGAACUGCAUAUUUCAUUUCUUUUUAUACCAAAAGCGUACAUACCCAAAAACCACCUAAA